AUGGUGGACAAAAAUUGCAUUGAUAAACAAGUUGAAGAUGGAGAUAUUGAAGGCAAUCAACCCAUUAAAAUAUAUAAGAAGAAUGAAAAAAAGAAAAAAAGUGAUAAAGUUGCAAAGAUUGUUGAAAAAGCUAUUGUGGACCCAUUAAUUUCACUAGAAAUUGAAAAAGAAAGCAUUCUUGAAGAGGAAAACACAAAAUUUGGAGAAGAAUCACAUGGACUUGAACAAUCAAAAGAUGAACCUCGCAUAACACAGUUAAUUGAUCAACAAGAAGGUGAACAUCCCUCGCCAACACAAGGAGGUGACGAUGCUUCCAAGAAGAUAAGACCUUAUGGCUUUAAGCAAAUAGCAUCAAAAAAAGGAUCAAAAAAAGGAGGAAAUAAAAAAGGCAAGGCUCCUGUAGAGGUUGAUGAUGAUGAGAAAGAAGCUGAAGAAAAAUUAUUUGAGACAACUCUUGUGGAAGCUCAUGAAUCUGAGAAAGUUCUUAUGGAUGCUCAUGAAAAGGCUAAAGAAAAAAAUAAGAAAAAAAUUGUUCUAAAAAAGAGGAGGGCUCCAAUGGGUGAACCGUACUUUGAGGUAAGGGAACCACCUGAAAAAGGUGUUCCUCAAUCUAUUUCACAAGCAAUUAAUGAAUCAUCAAUAGUUGUGGUACCACCAAAGCCGGUUGCUAUUGUGAAGCAAUCAAAGGCGAAGAGAGCAAGAAGGGAAAUAGUUGCUGCAAAUGAUGAUGAAGUAAAACAAGAUGAAGAUGAGGAAGAGGAAUAUGAGCAAGGUGAAGAUGGAGAUACCAAUCAAAGAAAUUUGCAGACUAGGCAAACUGUACAGCCGUUGAUGAUAUUGACCAGAAGUUUGCAAGAGCAAGAGAAGCAAGAUAAAUUGCAAGCCAUCAAGGAUAUGGGUUUUGGUGGAUUCCUAGAUCUUGAUUUUCCAAAAGGCAAGCCAAAUUUCUGUGCUAUGUUAGUUUAG